GCCUCCAUAUCGCAGACACUCGACUCCUGCAACUGCUACCCUCCACACACUGUUCUCGUUGUUCAACGCCUGCUGUCCGUCUCCCGCUGUACCACAAUCAUAUCCACAACAUCGCCCAUCCCCCAUCCCCCAUCGCCCAUCCCUCAUCGCCCAUCGCCCUGCACUGCCUCCCCUCCCGACCGCGAACACAAAGCGACACAGCACCCGUCCCCGUGCAGGCAGCCAAGCGCCUUGUUCUCGCCGCUCCCGCCCUCGCACCUGUCCCUUGCUCGCUCCCCAAGCCGACCGAGAUGAGGCAGGAACUCUUGAGUCCUGUCCCCGUAUUGCGUGAUGACCAGUAAUGGCGAUGCUGUUCUGAAUCCAUCUUCCUUCACCACCCAAGCCAUCGACGGUUUCUUGCGACGAAACCACCUGUCCGUCUCACCACCGCCGCCCGCCUCUUCGCCCAAGGCUGUCAAACCCGCCUCGCCCUCAUCCGCCAAACGCAAAUCCUCAUCAAAUACCCGCCUGCAGAAUGGCGACAACAGCUCCGACGAUGCCCCAAACGAGUCCGAGGCCGAGACGGUCGUGCUGGACGACGCCAAAGGCGACGCGAAGCAGCGCGUCAAGACCGAGCGCACCGACGACGACGAUGCGGACAGGCUGCGCUCGGUCAAGGAGGACUCGCAGACGUUGUCACCCGCGAUGAGUGGCCGCAAGAACUCGACGUCGGAUGCGAGAGACCUCAAGACGAACGGCGCCAAGCAUGGCUCUGAGCGGGAUGCAAAGAGCCCUGUUCCCACGUCCCCCAGCAGCCGCACCACCUCACGGCACACCAAAGAGACCAGCCCGGCCGACUCUGCAAAAUCCCCCGUGAACUCCACUACCUCGCCGUCGCACCCUACCACGCGCGGCCGCAGCGCGUCGACGGUAGAGUCAUCACGCAAACGCAAACUGCGGGAUGAGUCGAACUCGAAAUUGCUGGAGCCGCCGCGACAGAAGGUUAAAACAGAAGGCCUGAAAGACCAGCGCAACCAGCCCACAUCGCCGGCCGCUCCAGGCCUGAGCAGAGCUCACAAACGAUCUCAGUCCACCCAGUCGCUCGUCGGCGCUGUCGGUCGCAAGCGCAGAGAAAUCACGUCCAUCACGCUGCCGCCGCAGGACCGCAAACAUUGGUCAGACUCGAGCUCGGAAAACUCCUCAUCACCACGUCCCGUCCAAACCCCCAGUCUACCUCCCCACACCAGAGUUAAGCGGUCAUCGCAUCGAGCAUUGACGUCUCCGGCGCGCGCUAUGGUGCACAAGCGAAACGUGGAUAAGUUUGGCGCAACCCGCCUUGCACGAGAAAGCGAGAAAGGCGAUCUCUCCGCAGUGAAGGCUGCAUACAACGCCGCGCCAGAGGAGCUUGACCAGGAGGACUUCGCAGGCAUUGCACCGUUGCAAAAAGCUGCACUGCACGGCUGGGCGGAGGUGGUAGCGUUCCUAAUUAGCAAGGGCUGUAGAACCGACUGCGAAUCCAACGACCGAGACACCCCGCUCAUCGAUGCCGUCGAGAACGGACACCUCGAUGUUGUUAAGCUCUUGCUUGACAAAGGAGGCGUGAACCCACACCACCAGAACAAAAAGGGCCAGCGCGCUAUCGACGUCCUUGAUCCCGACGACGAAGAUGCGGAGGAUAUUGAAAAGGAGCUCAGAGCGGCGAUGCGACGGGAAAUCAAUUCCACAAAAAACGAUGAAUAUAGCCAACCAGGACUAAAUGAACAAAAGUCGGCGUCAAGACUCUUGUACAACGAAUACAAUACAGAGACACUGAUUGAGAAAGCCGGAGACGGAGACAUCCUGGCCGUUGGGGAGCUGAUCAAUAGCAAUAUCAAACCAAACAUUGCUUGCGGUGUCGCUGCGUCCCGGGGCGGGCAUUACGACAUCCUCAGCAUUCUUCUCGCCAGCGGUCUGAAGGCAGACCCCGACCCUUCAAAGCACAGCGAGACUCCGAUGCUGGUGGCUAUUGGUCGAGGACACCUUAAGAUUGUGAACUUACUUCUCGAGCAGGAUAACUUCGAUCCAACAAGACGGAACCGCGAUGGGAAAACAUAUUGGGAAAUAUCGGAAGAAAGACGAGGACCGAAAUGGGAGCAGGAAAGGGAUGCCCUUAAGACCGCAUUCGACGCCUUCCGGCAAACGCACAAGAGCCCGAGGAGGAACAAGAAGGAGGCACCGAAUCCAUCUGCUAUGCGCGUGAAGAGGAAGUCGUCGCCUCGUCGUGAGCGCUCUUUCUCCCCUCGACCAGAAUCCAAAAGAGGCCAUCUUAGCAAAUCUACUAACGUGCCACAAGCGCCCCAGAAAUCUAGGAGGCUCAUGUCCGGGAAAGAGAUGGCGAACCGCGAGGUCAAGCGACGCCGACGGGUUGUUAGUGAAGAAACAUCUGACGAGGAAAGUGAGGAGGAAGUGCGGCGCCCAGCGAAGAAGGCCAUGUCGAAGCCUCGAUCGUAUAGUGAGGGAGAGGAACAGAAGCCCGCUAAAAAGGCACCAAAAGCCCGUUCAGCGGACCACGACGCUCCUAAGAGAGUUGCACGAGCCUAUUCCGACGACAGCGCCGACGAGCACUACCACAGACCCACAUCAAAGAUUCGGACCAGAACAAUCCACAACGCCAAACCCACACCUGACGCAGAAUCUCCAGACGAAAAGAAAGCUGGGAAGAAGAUGGCCAAAAACCGGCUCAUGGAGGAGAAAGCGAAGAAACGGCGGAUGUCUGACGUGUCCCUUGAAGAGACUAAGUUGAAGAAGACACCUUCUGCGUCUGGAAAAUCCACCCCCGCACCUCCCGAAAAGGCUUCCACCCCGGAAUGCGUCCGCGAACGUCGCCUUGAAGCAGAGAAGCAGGCUGCAGAAAUUAAACGCAAGGCAGCUGAAGCAGAGGCACGAAAACGAGAAGAGGAGGAGGCCGCCCGGGAAGCUGCACGUGAGGCCGCUCGCAAAGCUGCGGAAGAGGAAGAGGCAAGAAAGAAGGCUGAAGCCGAAGCCGAAGCUAGGCGUCUUGCAGAGGAAGCCGAAGCUGUACGGAAACGAGAAGAGGAAGCUAGGAGACGAGCUGAGGAGGAGGCUAGAAUAGCAGCAGAACGAGCCGCUCGCCAAGAACGCAUAUCAAAGCUCCCGAAGGCAUUGCGGCGGGCUUGCGAGCAAGGAAGCAAUCGCCCAUUGCACUUCUCAGGAGAAGAAUUAGGCAUAUCACCUGUCUUCUUGCCACUCUUCUAUGCAUCUUCCAAGGACCUCAGGCCUUCCGAACCGAACCCCACCUCCAAAUCCUACAUAAUGUCCUUCCAAAUUGUUGGCAUUCUUGGUCUCCCCGAACUCGACCUCACACACCUCGGCGCGCCCUAUGCUGAAUGGGAACGAAUACCUGUAACCCGCAAACAGCGCGAAAUCCUCCUCCGCGAGUAUGACGUUGCACUCCUCGCCCAAGACUUCCGUUUCCCAAUGGAAGGCACCCCUGAAUUUGAUUACGAGAAGAUUCAAGAGGAUAUCAAGGAAGCGCGGCAACAGUUUCUGGAUAUGGACGGUUUGUACUGGGUUGAGGAUACGGUUAUCAAUGAGGAGGUGGAGAAAUUGCAGAGUCUGAGGACGUUGGUGGAUGAGAUUAAGGACACUGGGAAGAGGAGAAGAUUGAAUGUUGCUGAGGAAGAAGUGGAGGAGGUAUUGAAGGAAAAGAGACAUAAGCCUAGGAAGAGCUUUAUGGAUGUUGUGCUAGGUCAAGCUACUGUGAAUGGGACACCAGCAGAGGAGGUGGUGAGUGAGAAUGUGAAUGGGAAUGCAAAUGCAAAUGGGAAUGUGAGCGGGAACGGGAAUGCAAACGGUACGAACGACUCCAAUGCCGGAAAUAUUGAUGUCAAUGUUACUCCCACCUCCAACGCCAACGCCAACGCAACCGCGAGCACAAAUGGGGAGGGGUGAGCCGAAAAGUUGAACCAAGAACUUUUCAAUCACUCGCCUUGCUCCUUUCACAUGGAGCUCAUCCCAAGCCCUGCAGUAUCCUGUCCUAUCCGAACCUACGACGUACCAGGCACUGGGUAUGGCGCAUCCACGCCUCCUGUCAACCAUUAUUGAUGUCUGAGGAAGUACCAACAACGCAGCUAGAGAUAUAGUACAAUCACGAGGAUGGAAGAAGAAGGAUUGAUGUGAGAGAACGAGGGUUGUGCUAACCACUGGGGGCACACAAUGUUUUAGGAUUAUCUUGGAAUGUGACUGUAUGGAUACAGGAAGAUAAGUGGAAAUAAGGGAUACGGGAGUGUGGUGGGUUGGAGGGGAUAUUAUUCUGUGCAUAGCAUAAUGUCCA